UCUCUCUCCUUGGUUGGCUUUGUACAAAUCUUGCUUGGGUGUCCCACUUUUUCACACAGGGAGCCACCCAUGAGCAACUGUGCAUCCAAUUCCUCGCCCUUCUUCCCCGCUGUCACAAAUUCUUCGUGCAACUUAUGAGCCACAGAAGCCUAAUUCCCCUUCUUUAACUCUUCUGCAUGAAGCCGUUGUCGCUGUUCUCGCGUGACACUAUCCAACCGGAGCUUUGCUUGCUUCCUCGCACGACUCUGUCGAUCACACGCCACGAUAGAAUCGAUUGCACGCCUCUGUUCAUGCAGACAGUUCAAACCGUCUGCCGCUCUCUUGUUGGAGUCGCACUAAGUCACCGCACGAAGCCCCUUACCCACUUCGUCUUCUCUGUCAGCACUCCUUCGUGCUCUUUGUGUGAUGAUCUUUUGCGCGAUUGAAACAAGGCCGGAAGCUCUCGCCUCCCUGUAACAAACGCGCCAAUCCUUCUUCCUUCUUGCGACGAACCUUUCUAGCCGUGCGAUCGAACCUUCCUGCCUUCACAGCUGCUCGACCAUUCCUAUCGCGAUCGACUUUUGUCCCAGAGCCCGAGCGGCUCCUCUCUGCUUCGCCUUUUCUGUAAAUCGCACGAAGCUUCUGUCUUGCCCAAAGCUCUCGACGCCCGAUCCCUAGAUUGUUUCGUCCCUGUCGUCAUCGGAAGCCCUCUCGUUGCCUUCCCAAAGCGAACUGCGAUCCUCUCUCUGUCUUCUUAGCGAGCUCUGGUCGCGGUUGCUUCGCGACGACGGAGUUGCCGGUCUCGGCACGAACGACGCCGAUCACGAUCCCAAUGAUCGAGCGCCUGACCAGAAGAGUGGAGGCAAAGAAAGUACGGUUGCUCUUAUUUCACAAUGGUGUAUACGUGGCCUUAUUUUGAUCCUGAGUAUGAGAAUUUCAGCAAAUACAUGAACCCUCCAAGGGUGUCCAUUGAUAACUCUUCUUGCAGUGAAUGCUCGCUAGUCAAGGUGGACAGCGUGAAUAAGCCUGGGAUUCUCUUAGAAGUUGUGCAAGUGUUGAGUGACUUGGAUUUAGCAAUAUCAAAAGCUUAUAUUGCAUCAGAUGGUUUAUGGUUUAUGGAUGUGUUCCAUGUGACUGAUCAACAAGGUGGACAAAUAACUGAUACAAAGACCAUUGAAUAUAUAGAGAAGGCUCUAGGCCCAGAGGGCAUUAUUCUUGGUACAGCGGGGACACACUCUAUUGGUGAUUAUAACACCAUUGAGUUCAUUGGCACCGAUCGGCCGGGCCUCCUUUCUGAAAUCUUCGCCGUGCUUGCGAAUCUUCACUGUAAUGUCCUAGCUGCUGAGGUCUGGACUCAUAACAUGAGAGUUGCUUGUGUUUUUUACAUCAACGACGAGGCUACGUCGCAAGCUGUGAAUGAUCUUAAACAUUUGUCGAAGAUGGAGGAGCAGCUUAAGAAUUUGCUCCGUGCACGCGGAGACGAUGAUCGAGGAGCCCGCACUACUUUCAGUAUGAGCUCCAUUCAUUUGGGUCGUCGUCUCCACCAAUUAAUGUUUGCUAAUAAAGAUUAUGAAAGUGAUGGCAAAGAAGAGGAGAAAUCUGUGAAAACUAUGAAACCAGUGAUUACAAUUGAUCGUUGUGAGGAUAAAGGGUAUUCCGUGGUGAAUGUACGGUGCAAGGAUAGGUCAAAAUUGUUAUUUGACAUUGUUUGCACUCUGACAGACAUGCAACUUGUUGUUUUUCAUGCCUCAGUUUCAUCUGAUGGCCUAUACGCAAUGCAGGAGCUAUACAUUCGUCACAAAGAUGGCUGCAUCCUUGAUACGGCUGAGGAAAAAGAAAUGGUGGUGAAGUGCCUUGAAGCAGCAAUACUACGCAGAGUAUCAGAGGGAUUCAGCUUAGAAAUAUGUGGGAGGGAUAGAGUGGGAUUGUUAUCUGAUGUGACAAGAGUUCUAAGAGAGCAAGGACUUACUGUAACAAGAGCUGAUGUAACCACAGUUGGGGAGGAAGCCAUGAAUGUGUUCUAUGUAAAGGAUGCUUCAGGAAAUCCAUUGGAGAUGAAGAUGAUAGAGGCGCUACGCCGAGAGAUUGGCCAAACUGUGAGGCUUAACUUGAAGAGAGUGCCUGCCGAUGUGAAAACCGCUGAGUCAUCUCGAUUGUUCAAGACUAGUUUCUCAUUUGGGAGUUUGCUGGGGAGGUUUCUGCAUCCAACUUAAUUAAUGGUAUGGAUCUCUUAAUUCAGUCAUGUUGUUGUGAGAAGAUGAAAGGGAUAUUAAUUUAUCACAUCGUGUUUAUAGGACUACUACUGACCUGUGAAAUGCAUUUUAGAUACAUAUGUAAAAUGCUUCUAGCUUUGUCAUUUAGUGCAGCCAUAAUAUGUGGUGGUAAGGGCAUCAGAUGUUGAAAUUAUAUAUGUUCUUCAGCAUCCCCAUGAUACUGCUG